AUGGCCUCCUCCAUCUUCUACCCCUUCCUCUCCCCUUCCCUCUCCGCCCUCCUUUUUCACCUCCCUUCAUCUACCCCCCUGGACACACUCAGCCGCACGUCUCCAUCGCGCCUCCAACGGACCGCCCUGCCCAAUAUCGGCCUCAUCGAUCUUGUCUCUGCCACCGAUUUCUCAACCUUAUACGACCCGCUAUAUAUCCACAGUUUUCCCCGCCUCGCCGAGCGGGAAAGGUCAGAUCUGAUCGUUGACCGUCUCGCAGCGCAAGCGAAGGGAGAUAGGAAAGGCCUGGCGCCCUACCGCAUCGUGGGCAUCAGGGACCACCAAGGUGAGGCUAUUGGGGCGGCUCAAUUUAGUGUCUUGCCGGUUCCUCCUCGAAAAGGGAGGAACAGCACGACCGGCAGCGCCGACUGUGGCGACGAUGACGGACUACCCGAAGGGUCGAAAUACGCCGUCCCCUAUCUGCAAUACAUCUAUGUCCGUCGCCAAAACCGCCGCCAAGACAUGUCCGAAGUCCUGCACACGAUGGUUCUCGCCGUCGCCGCCGCGGACGCCGCGCUGAUGGACAUGGAGGACGCAAUCUCUUCUUCAGGCGUGGAUCCACUCCUGCGAGCCGUGCCCUUCACGCUCUUUGAAACCGAACCGCCCGACCACGGCGACGACCACGCAAGCCGCGCAUACGCGCUAGAGCGUUCCAAAAUCCAUACCUCCACGGGCGGUAUGGCGCUUGUUCUGCGUCGCCGCCGACCGAGGCCUUCUUCCCAGGACUCUACUCGUCCCAAACAGCAAGAACAAUCAGCAACAGCUGAAGGAGAAGACGACGAGAUCCUCAGCGCGCACGUCCAGCCCGGCCUGGAACCCUCCGACCCGCCCCUGACCCUGGUCUGGAUCCUUCGGCCUGCCCCGACGGCCACCCUCGGUCAGGACUAUGAUCUUACCAGCCUCGGGAAGGCCCUCGUCGCGGCAUACUACCAGAGUCUGAGGGACGAGGGGUUUCCCGAGAAGAAUAUCCGCCUCGCGGAGAGGAUCGUCCAAGAGAGAUGCAGGGGCAGUGUCUUCCAGCUGAUGCCGUUGGGGGACGUGAGGGACUUUCGUCCGGACAAGGGGAAUCUGGAUAUAUGA